AUGCUGCGAUCUAUCCCUCGAUCUGCUGCUGGCGUUGUGACCGACACAGGAGACAUUCUUGAUAGAGCCGGCAAGCCUAUCGGAAAGAUUACCGAGUCAGGGGAAUCUUCUGAUCUCGUGGGCAGCGCUGUCAUGGCUUCUGGCGACAUCCUCGACUCUUCUGGAAAGGUCCUUGCUAAGGCCAACCUGGAUUCUGAGGAAUUGGGUGAACAAGAAGGUGAGGAGGGCGAAGAGGGCGAUGAGGGUGAGGAGAGUGAAUACACGACUGGAGCAAAGGACCAAAAGUCCGGCGGCUGGAACCUCAUGGGAAAGACCAAAUCUGCCUACCAGACGGCCAGCAACCUCCAAAAGCCCGUUUCACAGGGCCUCGACCUUGUCAGUAGGAUGCAGAAGCCAAGCGAAGAUGAACAAAGCUCAGCUGACUCGUCGAUCCAGGUCGGCGACCAGGACAAACAGCUCCAGGAGCGGGGAAUGGAGGCUGGAGAUCAGGAGAAGCUGAAAGAAGAAGCUCCGAUCGCAAUGGAAGACAAAUCGGAAGCUGGUAAAGAGCUCGAGGGAACCGAGGCACCCCAGCCAGAGGAGGCCAAAGAAGGCGAGAUGCCCGAGCCAGAUACCAAGGACUUGGAAGAAAAGAAGUCUGAGGUCGCCGAAGAGGGCGAAAAGCUACAAGAAGAGGAGCCGAUUGAUUUCUCCAUGCUCAAGGGAAUGAAGGUCAACAAAGCUGGCAAGCUUGUAAACAAGGAUGGAGAUGUUGUCGGAAUCCUACUCGAAGGUGACGCCAAGCAGCUCAUCGGCAAGCAGUCAGAUGAAGAAGGCAAUAUCUGGAAUGACUCUGGCAAAAUCAUUGGUAAAUGCCGUCCAUUGAACCAUACCGAGCGUGGUGAUGAAAAGGAAUUCGCCCCAUUCGAGAACUUCCCGGAUGCCGUUGUUGAGGCUGAUGGUCGCGUUAUGUAUAAUGGCCAGCAGGUAGGUGUUGUUGUAGAGGGCGACGCGAAGCAUCUCAAGGGCAGUAAAGUUGAUGAGGACGGUGAUAUUCUCGACCGACGAGGCAAUGUCGUUGGAAAGGCAGAGUCUUGGGAUCAACAAGAAGAGGAGCCAAUUGAUUAUUCUGAGCUCAAGGGAACCAAGGUCAACAAAGCCGGCAAACUCGUCAACAAGAAUGGAGAUAUUCUCGGAGUCCUCAUCGAAGGCGACGCCAAGCAGCUCAUCGGCAUGAAAUCAGACGAGGAGGGAAAUAUUUGGAAUGACGCUGGCAAAAUCGUCGGCAAAUGCCGUCCAUUAACUCAUGGGGAACGUGGCGAUGAAAAGGAGUUUGCCCCAUUCGAGAAUUUCCCAGAUGCCGUUGUUGAGGCUGAUGGCCGCGUUAUGUUCGAAGGCCGGCAGGUUGGUGUUGUUGUUGACGGCGAUCCGAAGCAUCUCAAGGGCAGUAAAGUUGAUGAAGAUGGCGAUAUUCUCGACCGACGAGGUAACGUCGUUGGAAAGGCAGAGGCCUGGGAUGAGCCCGAGCCCGAGCCUGAGGCUGUUGUCGACAUGUCCUCAUUGGCAGGCAAGAGGGUUAACAAGGCUGGCAAUAUCGUCGAUGGAUCGGGUGCCAUCUACGGCAGAGUUAUUGAGGGUAAUGUUAAAUCCCUGGUGGGCCGUAUGUGCGACAAGAAUGGUAAUAUCCUGAGUGAAUCUGGAGAUAUCAUUGGCAAGGCCGAACUCGUUGGCGAAGGCGAACGUGAGGGCGUGAAAGAGGGCAUAUUCGCUGAGCUGAGUGGCUGCACUGUCGCAAAGGACGGCACAGUUGUUACGCCUUCAGGCGAUAUUGUUGGAAGACUCACCGAAGGCGACCCCAAGAAACUGUUUGGCCGUGCCGUCGAUGAAGAUGGAGAUAUUGUCGACGGCAACGGAAACGUCCUGGGCAAGGCCGAGCGCUGGGAAGAGCCUGAGGCUCCUGAGAAGAAGAAGGCUCCUUAUGCAGGUCGCAAGGUGAACCGCGAAGGCAACGUCCUGGACGAAGAAGGAAACCUCAUCGCCAAACUCGUUAGCGGUGACGUUGCUGCCUGCUCUGGCAAGGAAGUCGACGAAGACGGUGAUGUAAUCAAUUACAAGGGCAACACCGUCGGCCACGUCGCUCUCCUUGAAGACAUUCCCAAAGAAACCGAAGAAGACAUCAAGAAGCGCGAAGAGGCUGAGAAUGAUCGCAAGUUGGCCGGGAAACUGGCUGGAUGUAUCGAGCAGUCUCUGGACAAGAUGCGUCCCAUCUGCAAGAUGAUCACAGACAAGAUCAACACAGCCGAGAGGACGCCCAAGGAGGAACUUGACGAAGAGGCGCUGGUGAGGGAAGUUAAGCCGCUGAUCGAAGAAGGAGCCAAGAUCCUGACUGAGACCAACGGUACUAUUCGUGGACUCGAUCCUGAUGGACGUAUCCAGCGAAACGCAAAGCACAAGGCGGGCACUAAGGAGGCUACGCCUGAGGAGCAUCACCUGGCUGAAGUGCUCUCAGAGCUCACGGGCACUGUUACUCAGACCAUUGACAACGCAAAGAGCAAGAUUGAGGGCAUGCCCCAUGCUAAGAAGGAACUCAACCCUCUCUGGGGUCUCUUGGCGGAGCCGUUGUUCCAGAUCAUUGCGGCUGUUGGAUUGUUGCUCAACGGCGUCCUCGGCCUCGUUGGUAAAUUGCUGAGUGGUCUCGGUCUCGGCGGCAUUGUCGACAAUCUCCUCGGAACGCUGGGACUGAACAGGGUCCUCGAUAGCCUUGGACUGGGUAGCAUUACCGGUGUUAUAACUGGUAAGGACAAGAAGGAGAAGAAGAAAGGAGGAGGAUUGCUGGGAUUGGGAAUCGGCGGUUAA